UUCCUAUGCAAGCCCGGUGUACAGCGUGCUGAUCGCUGUGUGCAAGCAUCCUCCUCCUUAUCCCUGGACCCCGCAUCCCUCCGCCUGCAAUGCACUGAGGACACCAGGCGCAAUCAUGACGGUGGAUUUUGAAGAAUGUAUCAAGGAUUCGCCCCGAUUUCGGGCAGCGAUAGACGAGGUGGAAACAGAUGUGGUGGAAAUUGAAGCCAAACUUGACAAGUUGGUAAAACUAUGCAGCGGAAUGUUAGAAGCCGGGAAAACCUACCUUACCACCAACAAGCACUUUGUGAGCGGCAUCCGAGAUUUAGCCCAUCAGUGCAAAAAAGAUGAGAUGAUCUCGGAGUGUCUGGACAAAUUUGGGGAUAGCCUGCAGGAAAUGGUUAACUAUCACAUGAUCCUGUUUGAUCAGGCCCAGCGGUCGGUGAGACAGCAGCUUCACAGUUUUGUAAAAGAAGAUGUGAGAAAGUUCAAGGAGUCAAAGAAGCACUUUGACAAAGUCCGGGAAGAUCUGGACAUUGCACUAGUGAAAAAUGCUCAGGCCCCUCGCCAUAAACCACACGAAGUGGAAGAAGCUACGGGUACCCUGACAAUUACAAGGAAGUGCUUCCGGCACCUCGCCCUAGACUAUGUACUACAAAUCAAUGUCUUGCAAGCCAAAAAGAAGUUUGAAAUUAUGGAUGCUAUGCUGUCAUUUAUGCAUGCCCAGUACGUCUUCUUCCAGCAAGGCUACACUUUAUUAAAUGAACUGAACCCGUACAUGAAGAAGCUGGCUUCAGAGUUGGAUCAAUUAGUCAUCGACUCAGCUGUGGAGAAGAGAGAAAUGGAACACAAGCAUGCAACAAUACAGCAAAGGACCCUCCUACAGGAUUUCUCCUAUGAUGACUCAAAGGCAGAAUUUAAUAUUGAUGCCCCAAAUGGGGUGGUGAUGGAGGGUUACCUUUUCAAAAGGGCGAGCAAUGCAUUCAAAACAUGGAACCGGAGAUGGUUUUCUAUACAAAACAGUCAGCUUGUUUACCAGAAGAAACUGAAGGAUGUCCUGACGGUGGUGGUGGAGGACCUUAGACUGUGUACGGUGAAGCCCUGUGAAGAUAUAGAAAGGAGGUUUUGCUUUGAAGUCGUCUCACCCACAAAGAGUUGCAUGCUUCAGGCAGACUCGGAGAAGCUCAGACAAGCCUGGAUCCAAGCAGUGCAGGCUAGUAUUGCCUCAGCCUACAGAGAAACACCAGAUAACUACUACAUAGAGAGGCUUGACCGGACAGCAUCCCCAUCCACAAGCAGCAUUGACUCUGCCAGUGACUUACGGGAACGCAACAUUAAGGGAGAAAGCAUACUUCAGCGGGUACAGAGUAUCGCCGGGAAUUACCAAUGCUGUGACUGUGGCCAGACAGACCCCCGGUGGGCCAGUAUCAAUUUAGGCAUCACACUUUGCAUUGAGUGCUCAGGGAUACACAGGAGUCUUGGCGUGCAUUGUUCUAAAGUACGUUCGCUUACGUUGGAUUCUUGGGAACCAGAGUUACUAAAGCUGAUGUGUGAGCUGGGAAACAGCACCAUAAACCAGAUCUAUGAGGCAAAAUGUGAACAGUUAGGACUGAAAAAACCAACUGCUGGAUGUCCUCGACAGAACAAAGAGAUCUGGAUAAAAGCAAAGUAUGUGGAGAAAAAGUUCCUGAAGAGGCUGGGCAGUGUAGAAGUAGAAAAUGACAGGAAGUCUUCCCAGAGGUGGAGUGUGAAGAAGUGUCAGCGGAAUAACAGCUCCAUCAAAGCUCCCUCAGCGAGGCGGAAAUACAGGCAUGAAGGAGGAAACACAUCUCCCGCCAUGCUGUCCUCAGCUGCAAAGAUUGAGAGGAAGUUCCGUCGAGAUUCCUUAUUCUGUCCGGAUGAGUUAGACUCCCUCUUCUCUUACUUCGACACGGGUUCCGGGCCACGCAGUCUGAGCAGUGACAGCGGCCUUGGAGGAAGCACAGACGGAAGCAACGAUGUCUUGGUGUUUGGCUCGGCAGUGGACAGUGUCACAGAGGAAGAAUGUGAGGUCUCAGAAGAGUCUAGCGGAGAAGGAGAGACUGAACAAGAGCCAUCAGACCCUGAAGACCUGAGGGAGUUGCACCCUGGCUUGUUAAUGUACAAGGCAUCUCGAGCCAGGAACCUGCCUGUCAUGGCUGAAGCAUUUGCCAAUGGGGCUAAUGUCAACUGGGUGAAUGAUGAGGAUGAAAGCAAAACUCCUUUAAUCCAGGCUGUGAUAGGGGGAUCAUUGAUAGCCUGCGAGUUCCUUCUACAGAAUGGUGCAGAUGUCAACCAGACAGACGUUCGAGGUCGAGCACCUAUACAUCACGCCACGUAUCUGGGACAUACUGGCCAAGUGUGUUUGUUCUUAAAACGAGGAGCCAAUCAACAUGCUGUGGAUGAAGAUGGACAAGAUCCGCUCAGUAUAUCUGUGCAGGCAGCUAAUGCGGAUAUUGUCACUUUGCUGCGACUUGCUCGAAUGAAUGAGGAGAUGAGAGAAGCAGAAGGACCAUUCGGACAACCAGGUCAAUAUCCCAGCAACAGUCCUACAGAGCAGCAGUACAGAAAGUGCAUCCAGGAAUUCAUCUGCCUUACUAUAGAUGAGUGUUAGACAAAGCUCCACAAGGGGGCGCAGUUGAUCCCUACUUUUGAACUUUUUUUCACCACUAGCUGCUCUUGGCAUCCCUUUUUUUUGUUUUUAAAGAAACCUGCAUGGGGAAUACCUUCUGGCACCAAGGGUGGGAAAAGAAAACUUGUGGACCAGGGGCACAACAAAACCAACAUUUUUGGAAGGGUCUGGACCAAUGUUAUUACUAUAAUUUUUUUCCCCCUUUUUGCCCUCAUCACUGCCGAGAGCAAAAUGAAAGAUGGUGGUGCGAUCCUAAUUUAUGUACUAUUUAGCACUUUUACAAACUGUGAUUAUUUUAGGUUUUUAUGUUUUGAGAUCAGAGCAGACACUGAGAUGACUACGAGCCUUGGCUCUUCUGCCUCUAUAGUGCCUGACUGUAUAUUUAUUUUGUGGUAAAUUUGAAGUGACCCAGCUGAGCCAGUGAAUGGUACUCCAACAUUUAAGGACAUGUAUCAGAUGCCUCGCUUAUCUUCGGGUUGUCGUCUUAAUGAAAUAAAGGCUUGGUCUACCCAAAAUC